AUAAGUCGAACUCGCGACGUUGAAUGGCGACCUGACGGACAGAAGCUUGAACUUCUGACCGUCCUUCCGAAAGUCCAAACGGAAAAGUACUCCGGACAGAGAAUGAGCCUCGGUGGAUCGUGAGGCACGGUGACUUUCCGGGAGUGGAUCUUGGAAUCCAGCACAGCCGGGGUCGUCUGCGGAGAAGGAGAACGCGAAUGAUGCGAGUCCGGUGAGUCUUCGACGCUUCUCCUGAGCGACGAGGUGUACGGGAGCAUCUUUUGUCGCGUCAUGUUCCAUCACGAGUACGAGAAACGGCUGGUGAAGCCGUUGACGGGAGACGGCUCGUCGACGACGACGGGGACGACGACGCUGUUACCCGGUGCCACCUCACCCAUCUACUUCUCCCCCACGAAGACGUCGGCCUACAACAACAGCUACGACCGUUUCAUACCCACUCGCUCGGGUAACAACUGGCAGACCACGUUUUCCAUGAUCAGCGAGAACGCUCGAGGUGGCUUGGUGGCGAAGAAAACGAGGGAGAACGGCGAGGGCAACCGCGACGCGAUCGCGUAUUCCUGUCUACUCAAGAAUGAACUAUUAGGAGCCAGCAUAGAGGACGUCAAGGGUCAGUGCGAGGAGCGUAGAGUGCUGUCGCCGUUGGUGACCAAGAAUCUCUUCAAGUACGUCACACCCACCAAGGAUCGAACACUUUUGGAUCAAAGCUCGCCUUAUUCUCUGUCACCUCUCAGUGCCAAAAGCCAGAAACUACUGAGAUCACCCAGGAAAGCGACCAGAAAGAUUUCGAGAAUACCUUUCAAGGUGUUGGACGCGCCAGAGCUGCAGGAUGACUUUUAUCUCAAUCUGGUCGAUUGGUCUUCCCAAAAUGUUCUCAGCGUUGGGCUGGGAAGCUGCGUGUACCUAUGGUCAGCAUGCACCAGCCAGGUGACCAGACUGUGCGAUCUUUCCAGCGAUGGCAACAGUGUCACCUCCGUUGCCUGGAACGAGCGUGGUAAUCUGGUGGCAGUAGGCACACACAUGGGCUACAUACAAGUGUGGGACGUGGCGGUGAACAAGCAGGUCAGCAAACUGCAGGGUCACAGCGCGCGAGUCGGGGCUCUGGCGUGGAACGGAGAGGUUCUCUCGUCUGGCAGCAGGGACCGAUUGAUACUGCAGAGGGACGUCAGGACUCCGUGCGUUGUUGGGGAACGACGACUCGGUGCUCACCGUCAGGAGGUCUGCGGACUCAAGUGGUCACCGGACAAUCAGUACCUGGCAUCUGGCGGCAAUGACAAUCGGCUCUACGUGUGGAAUCUACACUCCCUCUCGCCGAUUCAGACGUACACCGAACACCUGGCGGCAGUCAAGGCGAUCGCCUGGUCGCCUCAUCAUCACGGCCUAUUGGCGUCCGGUGGCGGCACUGCGGAUCGUUGCAUCCGCUUCUGGAACACGCUGACCGGCCAGCCGAUGCAGUGCGUCGACACUGGCUCGCAGGUCUGCAACCUGGCCUGGAGCAAGCACAGCUCCGAGCUGGUCAGCACGCACGGCUACUCGCAAAAUCAGAUCCUCGUGUGGAAGUACCCGAGUCUCACUCAAGUGGCCAAGCUCACCGGUCACUCAUACCGGGUGCUCUACCUGGCGAUGUCGCCGGACGGUGAAGCGAUCGUCACCGGCGCGGGCGACGAGACUUUACGCUUCUGGAACGUCUUCAGCAAGGCGCGCAGUCAGAAGGAGAACAAGUCCGUGCUGAAUCUGUUUACGAGUAUCCGGUAAACUGCGAUCGGACGACGAUCAUCCUAAUAGAGCAUCGCGAAUCGACGUCAUCUUUUAUUAUGUAUUUUGUACAUAUAUAUUUACAUAUAUAUAAAUGAAUAUGUAGUAUUCUCUAUCAAAGAACUUUAUAUAUUAUAUAUAAAACAACGUUAAUAAGUAGACAGAGAAUAUUUAGGGAAAGAAAUAUAGAAGUAAGGAUUACGCGGCGUUCCCAACGUAUAGGAUAAGUUUACGGAUUCUUCGUACAGCUUGCAAUAUGCGUUGAGUACUUGUGUGCAAUACUCGAGUCGUUAUUCUCCGGUAGAGGAUACAUCAAUUGUAUGCCCUUACAAAGGAAAAGAGAACUUUAUCCAUUCCGGAGGCUAUCGCUGCGAGACGCUUCAUAUUUUUUAUGCACUUUAUAUACACUUAUUUUUAUACUACUAUAUAGUUACACUAUAGAAUUGUGAAUACAUUUGAGCAGAGCGUCCUGGAAAGCCCAAUCUUAAUCAUGACAAAUCUGAUGUCGAUUUUUUUUCUUAACCAGAUUGUUAAUAUCCUAAAAUUGUAAGAAGAUUAACUGAGCUCUCUUAAAAUUUAAUACAAUUAAAUCAGUUUUUAUUGUUUUUUAUUAUUAAG